GGGGGAGGGGAAGGUACUGCCAGUGAGUGAGUGCGGGCCAGGCAGCGGGGAGCCCAGUGAUGGGCAGGGGAGCGUUGCACCGGCUGGAAACGAAUGCAGAGCCAGGAGCAAUUAAAAACCAACCAUUGAGCCACGGGUUGUUAUCAGUACUUGAGCGCUGCCGAGUCUGGAGGCGGGCGUGGAUCACAAAAGUGCAAUAAAGUAGGGGAGCUGAGGCAGUGAGGAGAGUGGAUGCUGGUGCGCAGGCUGUGCCGGAGCUUUGAGUCGAGCUACGCUACACCGCGCGUCCCGCCUUCAGCGCCGUCUCUCCGGCGCUUGCACCGCAGAGGAACUCGCCGCCUAGACCAUGAGUGCGCUGGCCUUCUCCCAGCGCCUUGCCCGCUUGCCGAGAGCGGUCAGCGGCCCGCUCUUCCACCCCACGCCUGGAAACACCAUCCCAUGCUGGGCCAGAGCGAGCAGCAAUGGCAGAGGCCUCGGACCCCAGCUUCACACCAAGAAACGGGGCUACGAGAUUACUCGCAACCCCCACCUCAACAAGGGUAUGGCAUUUAGUCUUGAGGAACGGCUACAGCUUGGAAUACAUGGCCUGCUCCCACCAUGUUUUUUAACUCAGGAUGUACAGGUUCUCCGAGUCCUUAAGAGCUAUGAGACCAAAAGCAAUGAUCUUGACAAGUAUAUUAUCCUAAUGACUCUCCAGGAUCGGAAUGAAAAGCUUUUCUAUAGAGUGCUGACCUCCAACAUUGAAAGAUUUAUGCCGAUUAUUUACACCCCCACAGUGGGCCUGGCAUGUCAACAGUACGGCCUUGCAUUUAGAAGACCGAGAGGACUAUUCAUUACUAUUCAUGACAAGGGCCACAUUGCCACCAUGUUGAACUCUUGGCCUGAAGAAGAUAUAAAGGCUAUUGUUGUAACAGACGGCGAACGUAUUCUUGGUCUUGGCGAUCUUGGAAGCUAUGGAAUGGGAAUUCCAGUGGGGAAAUUGGCUCUCUAUACAGCCUGUGGUGGUGUGAAGCCACAGCAUUGCCUCCCUGUACUCCUGGAUGUUGGUACAGACAAUGAGUCUCUCCUUAAUGACCCCCUUUAUAUUGGAUUAAAACACAAGCGUAUUCGUGGGCAGGCCUAUGACGAAUUGGUUGAUGAAUUCAUGCAAGCAGUUACAGACAGGUACGGAAUGAACUGUCUCAUUCAGUUUGAAGAUUUUGCAAACUCCAAUGCUUUCCGCCUUCUCAACAAGUACCGUAACAAGUACCUUACUUUCAAUGAUGACAUCCAAGGAACUGCAUCAGUGGCAUUAGCUGGUGUACUGGCUGCACUGAGAAUGACCAAAAACAGACUUUCUGAUCAUACAUUUGUCUUUCAAGGAGCCGGAGAGGCAGCCAUGGGAAUUGCACAUCUCAUCGUGAUGGCAAUGGAAAAAGAUGGAACCCCAAGGCAAGAAGCUUUAAAAAAGAUUUGGAUGGUGGACUCAAAGGGUCUUAUUGUUAAGGGAAGAAGCCAGCUGACUCACGAAAAGCAGAUGAUCGCUCAGGAUCAUCCUCCAAUUAAAAGUCUGGAAGAAGUUGUCCAGAAGGUUAAGCCAACAGCUUUAAUAGGAGUAGCAGCCAUUGGAGGAGCAUUUACCGAGCAGAUAUUAAAGGACAUGGCAUCAUUCAAUAAACAUCCAAUUAUAUUUGCUUUAAGUAAUCCUACUAGCAAAUCAGAGUGCACAGCAGAACAGUGCUAUCGCCUAACUGAUGGCCGUGGAAUAUUUGCUAGUGGCAGUCCCUUUGACCCUGUAACUUUUGCUGAUGGCCGUACCUUUGUCCCAGGUCAGGGUAACAAUGCCUAUGUUUUCCCUGGAGUUGCGCUUGGAGCUAUCGCAUGUGGAGUACGACAUAUAAACGAUGACAUCUUCCUAAUUUCAGCUGAGGUCAUAGCUGAAACGGUGACAGAAAAGCAUCUAGCAGAAGGACGCAUGUACCCACCACUUAGCACCAUAAGAGAUGUUUCAUUCAAGAUUGCUACAAAGAUUGUGGAAUACGCCUAUAAAAACAACCUUGCUGCCUGGUACCCUGAGCCCAAGGACAAAGAAGCAUUUCUUCAUGCUCAAAUGUACAGCCCAGAUUAUGAUUCCUUUGCAUUUGAUAGCUAUGAAUGGCCUAAAGAUGCAAUGGAAAUCCAGAAGGUGUAAUUACUUGUGCCAUUCAAGUCCAUCAAGCUGUUGGAAGGCCACUAAGUUGUUUCUUCCUGGUAACUAAAGCACAUCCAAGUAUGCUUCCUCUGGGUGCGACUAUUGUAUCGCUUAAAAAAACAACUUUUCUUGUUCAAAGCAAUCUCUCCUCCUUUAUUAAUUUCAAAGCAACAAAUACUAUUCUUCGUGAACAGGUGCACAGCAAUCUGUUAUGUGUUUAUUACUCCUUUCUUGCAGGAAUUAUAUAGCCUUUCAUUUUUUAUCAGUUUGACUUUGCUUGCCAUUUGAACAGAUAAUUACAAUUAUGAAGAUCAAAACAGACGUUGAACUGCCUCGAGGUUCAGGGUUCACUGAACAGUAUGGUCUAACAAAGACACUAUGGCGUUAAAAGCAUUUUUGCACAAAAACAUCAAAACAAAUCCCUUUCUGAACAUGACUAUUAUCCCUCGCAUUUAUGACACCACUAUAUUGGUUUGGGUUACAGGAUUUUCUCAAGCCUGGAUUCAGAGUCCAUUUCAGCAGGAUAGGUUUGUCCAUGGAUAUCAGUCUCUCAAAAUUCCAGUUAAAACUCUGCACUACUCCAUUUUGGUUUUAAAUAUAAGCAGGGAACUGGAUCAAGUAGCAUAAGCUAUUUUGGAUGGCCAAAAGUCAUCAAAUCAUGUUAGAUUAAAAAUUCCCCUGAAGUGUUUUGAGACCGAUUCGACUCACUUUCUGUCAGUUUUAGCUUUCAAAUUGAUUGCCUUCAUCAUGCCAUGAAUAUAUCUUUUGUGGAGAAAUUCGAACCUACAUGAAUAGUGGGACUAUUUUGUUUUAGAAAUUGGGUCCAAAGGGUGGAACAAACUUAAUUCAGUGUCCACUGAAUUAAGUUUCCAACCCGCGUGCCAGAUGCUGAUAUCUUAAAAAUAAGAUAGUUCCUUUUCCUGCACCCUGAUGAAAUAACUUUUUAAAAGGAAUCUCAAAACGCAAGUAUGUGUUUAGCCAACUGCUGUUGAUGAAUAGUUACCGCACCUUUCUGCUUGUUAGGUGUGGAGUACACAUCCGAACCAAUCCAUGUACUAGUGAACAGUAGCUGAAGACAAUAUGUAAUUUAAUUAUAUUUUUUGCAUGGUAAAUUUCUUUUUUGGAAGUCUUGCCUUGUCAAUCAAGAUACCCAUACUGCCUUUAAGAUGUUUCUGCUCUUGUGGAAGUCUCCAUUGUACUGUUGUAAGUUAAAUAAAAAGCUAGAAACUAGAGGAUGUACUUUGUAAGAUUUUUAAAAUACUUAAUAAACAAGUGGUCUGUGGAUCCAAA